UAUCUGUCUCUAUUUCCGGUAGCUGAUUGGGGGGUUCAUCCUAGCCAUCGGUAUCUAUGCGGAGGUGGAGCGGCAGCGCUACAAAACCCUGGAGGGGGUGUUUCUGGCCCCCUCCAUCAUCCUGAUCGUCCUGGGGGUGGUGAUGUUCAUCGUCUCCUUCAUCGGCGUGUUGGCCUCCCUCAGGGACAACCUGACUCUCCUCAAAGUGGUGAGUACUAGGCCCACACAAUUUAAUACAACACUGUGAUAUAGGCUUGAGGUUCACCACUCACCAGACCUGGGUCAAAUAUAUACACUACCAGUCAAAAGUUUGGACACACCUACUCAUUCAAGGGUUUUUCUUUAAUUAAUCUAUUUUUUACAUUGUAGAAUAAUAGUGAAGACUUCAAAACUAUGAAAUAACACAUAUGUAAUCAUGUAGUAACCAAAAGUGUUAAACAAAUCAGAAUAUAUUUGAGAUUCAUCAAAUUGCCACCCUUUGCCUUGAUGACAGCUUUGCACACUCUUGGCAUUCUCUCAACCAGCUUCAUGAAGUAGUCACCUGGAAUGCACUUCAAUUAACAGGUGUGCCUUGUUAAAAGUUAAUUUGUGGAAUUUCUUCCAUAUUAUGUCAAGAACAGCUCAAAUAAGCAAAGAGAAACAACAGUCCAUCAUUACUUUAAGAUAUGAAGGUCAGUCAAUAUGGAAAAUGUCAAGAACUUUGAAAGUUUCUUCAAGUGCAGUCGCAAACACCAUCAAGCGCUAUGAAACUGGCUCUCAUGAGGACCGCCACAGGAAUGGAAGACCCAGAGUUACCUCUGCUGCAGAGGAUAUGUUCAUUAGUUACCAGUCUCAGAAAUUGUCACAUGCGCCGAAUACAACAGGUGUAGACCUUACAGUGAAAUGCUUACUUACAAGCCCUUAUGAAAAAUGUAUGCACUCACUAACUGUAAGUCGCUCUGGAUAAGAGCGUCUGCUAAAUUACUUUAAAAUAUAUAUAUAUUUAACCAACAAUGCAGUUUUAAGAAAGAAUACCAAAAAUAAUCACAAAAACAUACAAUAUAAAAUAAUACGAAAUGAAAGUAACAAAUAAUUAAAGAGCAGCAGUAAAAAUAACAAUAGCGAGGCUAUAUACAGGGGGUACCGGUACAGAGUCGAUGUGCGGGGGCACCGGUUAGUCGAGGUAAUAUGUACAUGUAGGUAGAGUUAUUAAAGUGACUAUGCAUAGAUAAUAAACAGAGAGUAGCAGCAGUGUAAAAGAGGGGGGUGGGGCAAUGCAAAUAGUCUGGGUAGCCAUUUGAUUAGAUGUUCAGGAGUCUUAUGGCUUGGGGGUAGAAGCUGUUUAGAAGCCUCUUGGACCUAGACUUGGCACUCCGGUACCGCUUGCCGUGCGGUAGCAGAAAGAACAGUCUAUGACUAGGGUGGCUGGAGUAUUUGACAAUGUGUAGGGCCUUCCUCUGACACUGUCUGGUAUAGAGGUCCUGGAUGGCAGGAAGCUUGGCCCCAGUGAUGUACUGGGCCGUACGCACUACCCUCUGUAGUGCCUUGCGGUCGGAGGCCGAGCAGUUGCCUUACCAGGCAGUGAUGCAACCAGUCAGGAUGCUCUAGAUGGUGCAGCUGUAGAACCUUUUUGAGGAUUCAUGCCAAAUCUUUUCAGUCUCCUGAGGGGGAAUAGGUUUUGUCGUGCCCUCUUCAUGACUGUCUUGGUGUGCUUGGACCAUGUUAGUUUGUUGGUGAUGUGGACACCAAGGGACUUGAAGCUCUAAACCUGCUCCACUACAGCCCUGUCGAUGAGAAUGGGGGCGUGCUCGGUCCUUUUUUCUGUAGUCCACAAUCAUCUCCUUUGUCUUGAUCACGUUGAGGGAGAGGGUGUUGUCCUGGCGCCACAUGGCCAGGUCUCUGACCUUCUCCCUAUAGGCUGUCUUCAGGUCUUCAGUGCUAGUUGCAUGAGACAAUGUAGCUUUCAUGUCAGUAUGCAAAGUAUAAGCCAUAAAUGUUACCUAUAUAAUAAUAUAAUAAUAAUAUGCCAUUUAGCAGACGCUUUUAUCCAAAGCGACUUACAGUCAUGCGUGCAUAAAUUUUUUGUGUGUGUAUGGGUGGUCCCGGGGAUCGAACCCACUACCUUGGCGUUACAAGCGCCGUGCUCUACCAGCUGAGCUACAGAGGACCAUUACCUGAAAUAUUUAGCAUAGCAUCACAGUUGGCUGGGUUUCAGGUUGAUUUCUCUGCAAGGUCAAACAGGGUAAUUAAGACACAACUACUAAUGAAAGUCCACUAGCUACGUAAUUAUCAUUGAUUUAUUAAUUUGGCACAGUUUAGCCACCCGCAUUGACAACAUUUGAAAUAUGUAAGCAUACUGUAGCAGGCCCUCAUACAUUUUAGAUAUGACACAUUGCUCUUAUGAAUUAAUGACCUGAACAUUUUGAGAUGUUUGCAUCUACUUUUCAAAUCAAAUCAAAUCAAAUCAAAUUUUAUUGGUCACAUGCGCCGAAUACAACAGGUGCAGACAUUACAGUGAAAUGCUUACUAACAGUGCAUUUAUUUUAAACAAAACAAAAAAAAAGUAAGAAUAAAACAACAACAAAAAAGUGUUGAGAAAAAAAGAGCAGAAGUAAAAUAAAGUGACAGUAGGGAGGCUAUAUAUACAGUAAAAUAAAGUGACAGUAGGGAGGCUAUAUAUACAGGGGGGUACCGUUGCAUAGUCAAUGUGCGGGGGCACCGGCUAGUUGAGGUAGUUGAGGUAAUAUGUACAUGUGGGUAGAGUUAAAGUGACUAUGCAUAAAUACUUAACAGAGUAGCAGCAGCGUAAAAAGGAUGGGGUGGGGGGGCAGUGCAAAUAUUCCGGGUAGCCAUGAUUAGCUGUUCAGGAGUCUUAUGGCUUGGGGGUAGAAGCUGUUGAGAAGUCUUUUGGACCUAGACUUGGCACUCCGGUACCGCUUGCCGUGCGGUAGCAGAGAGAACAGUCUAUGACUAGGGUGGCUGGAGUCUUUGACAAUUUUGAGGGCCUUCCUCUGACACCGCCUGGUAUAGAGGUCCUGGAUGGCAGGGAGCUUUGCCCCAGUGAUGUACUGGGCCGUACGCACUACCCUCUGUAGUGCCUUGCGGUCAGAGGCCAAGCAGUUGCCAUACCAGGCGGUGAUGCAACCAGUCAGGAUGCUCUCGAUGGUGCAGCUGUAGAAUUUUUUGAGGAUCUGAGGACCCAUGCCAAAUCUUUUUAGUCUCAUUUUACAUUUACAUUUUAGUCAUUUAGCAGACGCUCUUAUCCAGAGCGACUAACAGUUAGUGAAUAGAUCUUUUUUUUUAUACUGGCCCCCCGUGGGAAUCAAACCCACAACCCUGGCGUUGCAAACGCCAUGCUCUAUCAACUGAGCUACAUCCCUGCCGGCCAUUCCCUCCCCUACCCUGGACGACGCUGGGCCAAUUGUGCGCCGCCCAUGAGUCUCCCGGUCGCGGCCGGCUGCGACAGAGCCUGGAUUCGAACCAGGAUCUCUAGUGGCACAGUUAACACUGCGAUGCAGUUCCUUAGACCACUGCGCCACUCAGGAGUCUCCUGAGGGGGAAUAGGCUUUGUCGUGCCCUCUUCACGACUGUCUUGGUGUGUUUGGACCAUGAUAGUUCGUUGGUGAUGUGGACACCAAGGAACUUGAAGCUCUCAACCUGUUCCACUACAGCCCCGUCGAUGAGAAUGGGGGCGUGCUCAGUCCUCUUUUUUUUCCUGUAGUCCACAAUCAUCUCCUUUGUCUUGGUCACGUUGAGGGAGAGGUUGUUGUCCUGGCACCACACGGCCAGAUCUCUAACCUCCUCCCUAUAGGCUGUCUCAUUGUUGUCGGUGAUCAGGCCUACCACUGUUGUGUCGUCGGCAAACUUAAUGAUGGUGUUGGAGUCGUGCCUAAUGAGACACCAGUGCUUGUAUUGGCUCGAGUUUGACUCCCUUCUGAACAAAUUAGAGUUUUUUGUCUUCUAAAAGCGAGGUAUUUUUUUUGCCUAAAUAAAUUCUACAAUUGUAUUUAACUGGGGAAUACGUUUUUUUAAUGCUACAGUGCAGAAUAUUCUAAGAUAUUUGGCAUACAAUUGGCAACAUCUUAGAACAGUGCCUCUUCAAUUUCAUCAUGCAUUGAUCAAUACAUUUGUUUUUCGUGUAUGAGGCCACCACAAGUGUCCCCUAUUGAAUAUCAACAUAAUUUUGAGCCUUAGCUGAGCUGCUAUAAAAAUGGCAAAGAGCAGCAUCAUUUAAGAUGCUACAGCAAAAAGGUGGUUUUGUGGUUCACAAUAUAUGAUCAAAGGAAAGCUAAACAGACAGGUCCAUUAAACUGUUUUUAUAAAGUUAAAUAUUCUGUUAACCUUGUAAAUGUGAUUUGUUUUUCAGUUUCUCUACACCCUAACAGUCUGUCUCAUUCUGGAGCUUCUCGGUGGCAUCAUGGCUCUGUUCUUCAGGCAUCAGGUACCAUAAACCCAUUCCUUAUCCGUUAUUAAACUCAUGAUCAUUGGCUUUCUCUCAAUCUUUAUAUACACAAAAGGAACUCAUGCCGCCUCUUAUUGGAUACAUUUACCUGGGCUUGUGCAAGUAGAAAGCUAACAAGUUUAAGAAACGGUGUACUUUACAAUUAGUUGACAUAGUGGGACUAACUCAAUUGUGUUGAUAUCAGGCAAGGAUAUUAACUGCUCAGUUCACCAUUCUCAGGGUAUUUCAGAUUGACCCUUGUGGUUUCCAUAUAGGAAUUUUCAAAUGUCUUGAAUUGUUUAUGACAUUCCAUUCCCAUUAUGUUUAGGAAUUUGUGAAAAGAUUUCUGGCUGGAUAAAAUUAACUAACUUGCAAAGAGGGAAAGACGUCAGAGGACUGUCUGUACCAAACUUUAAAUUGUAUUUCCAGGCACUAGCAUUUCGUCCCAUCCUAAAUUGGUUUAGACAUGAUUAUUCCGCCCCCUGGCUGAGUGCAUUCGGAACGUGUUCAGACCCCUUCCCUUUUUCCACAUUUGUUACGUUACAGCCUUAUUCUAAAAUGAAUUAUAUAAAACAAUUUCCCUCAUCAAUCUACACACAAUACCCCAUAAUGACAAAGCGAGAACAGGUUUUUAGACAUAAAGAAAAAACGGAAAUACUUUAUUUACAUAAGUAUUCAGACCCUUUGCUAUAAUCAUCCUUGAUGUUUCUACAACUUGAUUGGAGUCCACCUGUGGUAAAUUCAAUUGAUUGGACAUGAUGGAAAGGCACACACCUAUCUAUGUAAAGUCCCACAGUUGACAGUGCAUGUCAGAGCAAAAACCAAGCCAUGAGGUCAAAGGAAUUGUCCGUAGCGCUCCGAGACAGGAUUGUGUCGAGGCACAGAUCUGGGGAAGGGUGCCAAAAAAUGUCUGCAGCAUUGAAGGUCCCCAAGAACACAGUGGCCUCCAUCAUUCUUAAAUGGAAGAAGUUUGGAACCACGAAGACUCUUCCUAGGGCUGGCCGCCCGGCCAAACUGAGCAAUUGGGGGAGAAGGGCCAUGGUCAGGGAAGUGACCAAGAACUGAUGGUCACUCUGACAGAGCUCCAGAGUUUCUCUAUGGAGAUGGGAGAACCUUCCAGAAGAACAACCAUCUCUGCAGCACUCUACCAAUCAGGCCUUUAUGGUAGACUGGCCAGACGGAAGCCACUCCUCAGUAAAAGGCACAUGACAGCCCGCUUGGAGUUUGCCAAAAGGCAACUAAAGGACUCUCAGACCAUGAGAAACAAGAUUCUCUGGUCUGAUAAAACCAAUAUUGAACUCUUUGGCCUGAAUGCCAAGUGUCACAUCUGGAGGAAACCUGGCACCAGGAGUGGCUUCGGGACAAGUCUCUGAAUGUCCUUGUGUGGCCCAGCUAGUGCCCGGACUUGACCUGAAAAUAGCUGUACAGCGACACUCCCCAUCCAACCUGACAGUACUUGAGAGGAUCUGCAGAGAAGAAUGGGAGAAACUCUCCAAAUACAGGUGUGCCAAGCAUGAAGCAUCAUACCCAAGAAGACUUGAGGCUGUAAAAGUCAAGGGGUCUGAAUACUUUCCGAAUGCACUAUAUAUAAAAAAUUAAAAAUAAAGUUUAAAAAAAUAUUGUGGUUAUCCCACUGGCUAUAAGGUGAAUGCACCAAUUUGUAAGUCGCUCUGGAUAAGAGCGUCAGCUAAAUGACGUAAAUGUAAAAUAUACAUACAAAUACAGUGCAUUUGGAAAGUAUUCAGACCAUUGACUUUUUCCACAUUUUGUUACGUUACAGCCUUAUUCAAAAAUGGAUUAAGGUGUUUUUUUCUCAUCAAUCUACACACAAUACCACAUAAUGACAUAGCAAAAUCAAGUUUUUAGUCAUUUUUGCAAAUCUAUUACAAAUAAAAAAACUGAAAUAUCACAUUUACGUAAGUAUUCAGACCCUUUACUCAGUACUUUGUUGUAGCACCUUUUGGCAAACUUUUUCUUGCCCAGGGACCCCCUCCCAGGCAAAGAAAAAUGCCAUUAUCAAAUUGUAACAGUAACUAAUCCUCCAAAGGUCCAAUACAGAUAGGAUCAUGUUCAGACUUGAGACAUACUAUAUCAAAAAGAGGUUACAUGGUAAUUUGUCUCUUUGAGGAAUUGCUUAUGCCAGGAUUUUGGAAAAUAAAAGCAGUUUUUAUUGACAGGAGCAAUAUAGGAAGAGGUUAAGUGUUGGUGCAUUGGGUUCCCCAUUAAAUGUAUUAAAUUGUUUUGUACUCGAUUGUUAUAAAGCUUGCCUACACACUGUCUCAAUCCUACACUCUUAAUAUAUUUCACUCUCUAUUUUUCUUUUCCACCAUAGACUGUGGACCUCUUAAACAAAAACAUUCGCAAAGGAAUAGUGAAUUAUUACGAUGAUCUGGAUUUCAAAAACAUCAUGGACUUUGUUCAAAGAAAGGUACGAUUUCUGUUUGAAAAAUGGAUUUUCCUUUAAACUGUUUGCCAGGUUUUGCCUCUGCGAUUCUUUGUUUUUCAUUGCUGUUGACCAAAUGUCAUUUGGGAUUAUGUCACAAAGGGAAAGAGUGGUUUGUUGUAAUUAGAAGGUUCCUACUGGAUGGGGGAGAGAUGGAUGCUGUCAAUGCAGCAUUUGUAGUUCUCAUUCUCACAUCUAACCUUGAUGAAAUUUGUUACCGAGAACUAAUUGUUUCCAGCGAUCCUGCUUUUCAAUGAAUUGUUACACAGGAGGACUGCUGAUGAUGGAAAAGUAGCCCGAGUACAGUGCUGUGAAAAAGUAUUUGCCCCUUAUCUAAUUUUCUCUACUUUUGCAUAUUUUUGAUUGCUAAAUAUUAUCAGAUCUUCAACCAAAACCUAAUAUUAGACAAUUACAUACUUAUUUAAUUUAUUUCAUAAACAAAGUUAUGCAACACCCAAUGCCCCUGUGUGAAAAAGUAAUUGCCCCCUUACACUCAAUAACUGGUUGUGCCACCUUUAGCUGCAUUGACUCCAACCAAACGCUUCCUGUAGUUGUUGAUCAGUCUCACGUCGCUGUGGAGGAAUUUAGGCCCUCUCUUCCAUGCAGAACUGCUAUAACUCAGCGACAUUUGUGGAGGUUUUUAAGCAUGAACUGCUUGUUUCAAGUCCUGCCCAACAUCUCAAUUGGGAUUAGGUCUGGACUUUGACUAGGCCAUUCCAAAACUUCAAAUGUGUUGCUUUUUAGCCAUGGGCAUGUAGACUUGAUUGUGUGUUUUGGUCAUUGUCUUGCUGCAUGACCCAGCUGCGCUUCAGCUUCAGCUUAGACGAAUGGCCUGACAUUCUCCUGUAGAAUUCUCUGAUACAGAGCAGAAUUCAUGGUUCCUUCUAUUAAGGCAAGUCGUCCAGGUCCUGAGCCAGCAAAGCAUCCCCAAACCGUCACACUACCACCACCAUGCUUGAUUGUUGGUAUGAGGUUCUUACUGUAGAAUGCAGUGUUUGGUUUUCGCCAGGCAUAAUGGGACCCAUGUCAUCCAAAAAGUUAUACUUUUGACUCAUCUGUCCAUAUAACAUUCUUCCAAGAGUCUUGAUGAUCAUCAAGGUGCUUCCAGGUGCUUUUUGGCAAAUUUGAGUCAACUUUUUUGGAUGAGCUGGGUAUCGCCACAGCGAUGUGAGAGACUGAUCAACAACUACAGGAAGCAGUUGGUUGCAGUCAUUGCAGCUAAAGGUGGUACAACCAGUUAUUGAGUGUAAGGGGGCAAUUACUUUUUCACACAGGGGAAUUGGGUGUUGCAUAACUUUGUUAAUUCAAUAAAUACAUAUAUUUUGUUGUUAUUUGUAAACUCCGGUUCCCUUUACCUAAUAUUAGGUUUUGGUUGAAGAUCUUACAACAUUCAGUAUCAAAAAUAUGCAAGAACAGAGAAAAUCAGAAAGGUGGCACAUACUUUUUCACGACACUGUAUAUGUCAAACACUGUAUAUUGUGCUUUAUUUAUAGCAUUAUACUCACCACAAGCAACACAAAGCUGUUUGUAGAAUGGAAAAUGUUGAAAGAAAUAACUACUUGUAAAUUGGGACUCUGAAUGUUGGAGGACAGCUUUGUCUGUCUCCCAAAAAAAGAACGUACCGUCUCGAUUCUCUCCAACUGUGAUGUGUUUUGACACAUCCUGAAGCACAUCGAACAGGAGCUUUGAAAAUACCCACUGAGGAAGGUAGUUGUGUUAGUUUGGACUUGUUGAUAGAAGGAAGUAGAUAAAUACAACUCCAUCAAGUGCUGCUGUCCCCUUUUUUUUUUAUAGCUUUGAAAACCCUUCCAGAUCAAUAGAAAUGAAAACUGUUUCUAAACUUACUAGUGAAUUCGAUUUUGUGUGUAACCACAACUGUGUGCUAGCUCUUAACUAGCAUUAUAUAUUAGACCUAGCCUAAGGGACUUUGACAGGGUUUUCUUAGAUUAUUUUUCUUAAGUGCUGCUUUAUGGUCAGAUGUUAAACUGCAUCAGAUUAUACCAUAUUUUUAAAAGGAAGUAGUUCUGUUUGCUUUUAACUCUGUGGCGUUUCGCCAGCCAAGUUGGAGACUGGCUCUCGAAGUGAGCACUCAGCUGGAAGUAGGUUCUAUGAGGGGGAACGGUAUGUAUUGUGCACAAUAGGAUUUCUUUCAUUAUGGUUUUAGUGGCGUCAGAGGCACAGCUUUUUAGGGAUACAUUACAUUCUGCCACUGGAUUGAGACAUCUGUAAUUGUGUUCAUAUAAAAACGUUCACUUCAUGCAUGGAUUUUCAGCCACAUGCAAAACAUUUGCGAAUGUUCAAUGCCGGUCUUUACGCUUUUAAGCAAAGGUCUCUGCUAUUCCAAGUCAUUACAUUUGUAUGUAUUUAUUAAGGACUGUAAUUAUAGCAGGAUAUUUUAAUAGGACUCAAAUGGAUACACACAUCUCAAGCCUCUGAUUUCUGGCUCGUAUAUUUGGCCUCUAGGUUUUGUGUGUGUGUGUGUGUCCAAUGUGUUUUAAAACGGACAUUUAACAUUUAACACAGGCCAGUAUUUGGUUAUUGAUCUCUAGAGUAGGCCUAGUAUUGCUUUGGCUUGGGUUAGUUCUUACUCUGAUGAAAGUCUGAACUGGAAUACUUGGUCUCUGUGGUGAACCAUGAAUUGGUACAUAGUGCUUAUAUGAGCUGCUGAAGAAAAGGUUACUUGCUAAUCUCCCUAAGCACACACAAGAUCUCUCUCCCUCAUGUUCUUGUAACUCAAUAAUGUCAGAGCCACUACAACUCAUUAGUUCUAUACUGAACAAAAAUAUAAACGCAACAUGUAAAGUGUUGGUCCCAUGUUUCAUGAGCUGAAAUAAAAGAUCCCAGACAUUAACAUUUAUCUCAAAUGUUGUGCAGAAAUGUGUUUACAUCCCUGUUAGUGAGCAUUUCUCUUUGCCAAGAUAAUCCAUCCACCUGACAGGUGUGGCAUAUCAAGAAGCUGAUUAAACAGCAUGAUCAUUACACAGGUGCACCUUGUGGUGGGGACAAUAAAAGGCCACUCUAAAAUGUGCAGUUUUGUCACACAACACAAUGCCACAGAUGUCUCAAGUUUUGAGGGAGUGUGCAAUUGACAUGCUGACUACAGGAAUGUCCACCAGAGCUGUUGCCAUAUAAUUUAGUUAAUUUCUCUACUAUAAGCUGCCUCCAAUGUCGUUUUCUGUCUGUAAUAAAGCCCUUUUGUGGGGGAAAACAUAUUCUGAUUGGCUGGGCCUGGCUCCCCAGUGGGUGGGCCUGGCUCAAGUGGGUGGGCCAGUGCCCACCCGUGGCUGCGCCCCUGCCCAGUCAUGUGAAAUCCAUAGAUUAGGACCUAAUGAAUUUAUUUCAAUUGACUGUUUUCCAUAUAUGAACUGUAACUCAGUAAAAUCUUUGAAAUUGUUGCGUUUUUACAUUUUUGUUCAGUACAUAUCGUCAUCACAUCCAUGUUUUGUUUGUGUGUUUUCUUCAGGAAUACAUUUGUUAAUGGCUAAAGAUUACCUGAUUUUCCAAAAAUAUUGACUUACAAUCUAGAUUUUUUACCAAGUCACAGAAGUUGGAAAUUGCAUGUAACUGCCAAAAUAAACAAACACUUGGGUAAAUGAUGUUUCCUUUACUUUGGCAGUUACCUGUACCUCGGCACAUUCUAAAUAAUCGUUUUAAUUUUGAUCCCUUUACUGAAACUUUACAGGAUUCUAAAUGACCAAAUUAUAAUGCUAUAGCUUCUGAAAUAGUAUACUUAAAACUUACAGAGAAUCCUAUACAGGUAAUUGGAGUAAUUACUAGCAAUGGCUCUAGGUGUUUUAAGAGCCUUUUCAGAUCUUUGCUUUGAAGACAAAGCAGAUUCACAGUUCCUUUGAAUUAUAGUCUUGCGAAACACUUCCUUUGAACCUAAAUUGUGUUUUAUGCUAAUACAAAAGCUCAACAUGUAAACAACCUUGCUGUACUAGACCAAAAGAGUUAGAAAAUGUACUUGAAGCUCAAAUGAUAAACUAUUUGAAAGACUUUAUAAAAUGUUCAUAAACCCUUUAUAAGGCCUUCAUAGUCUAUGCUUCACAAAUCAUGUAAGCAAAUGGCAUGCUAAAGGUUGACAAUGGGGUUAUGCCACAUUUUGUGCCUGAUGUAAGGACCUGUUAAAAAGCUUUUGUAUAGGAUGAAUUCAUUAAAACGAUGCGUAUCUGUGUAGGCAUAAAGGGUUUAAAUAAGCCUUUAAAGUUAUGUGUUUUAAAGAGGAAUCAAGGCUUUUCAUAAUGCUGUAUACCAUUCUGUAAAUGUUUUGAUUUAUUAAUACAGCUAUUUAUGUCUGUCCUGUGCUUUCUCUGUCUGUUCUUUACAGUUCAAGUGUUGUGGAGGGCAGGAGUACAAAGACUGGGAAGUGAACAUGUACCAUAACUGUACAGCUCCUGGACCGCUGGCUUGUGGAGUGCCUUACACCUGCUGCCUCGAAAACAAGGUCUGUGCUGCUCUUCCAUUGAGAGCUCAUGAUGCAAAUAAAUAGAUCUUUAUUUAAAUACAUUUGAAGGCAAAUUCCCCCAAAAAUGUUUUGCUGUCACAGUACCCAACCCAACACCCCACACACAUGACAGGCUGGGAGCAGCACAGGGUCAGCUCAGCAGAACAGGGACUCUGGAGCAGUUGGGGUUUAAGUUUCUUGCUCUAGGGCAAAACGGCAGUAGGUAGCGUAGGGGAUAAUGAUGCCAGCAACCCUCCGGCUGCAGUUCACUCCAGCCUGCUUUUACACGUUAGCCCUGUGAUUCAAACCGACAACCUUCCUCUUAUUGGUCCGACUCGCUAACCUCGAGGCUACUAUUGUCUCCAAAUGUCAGACUUUGUCUUUUUCUUAGUUUCUUUGUACUGAAAAAAUCUCUGGUUGGGAAGAUCACACAAGUUCCCAUUUGUCUGACAAGAAACAUGGAAAUGUACAACCAAUUCUGGUUAUUUGCACUCAUAACUGAACAGUUUAGCAUUGUAUUGUUUCAGCAGAGAAUGGUUGAUUACCCGGGGCGGCAGGUAGCUUAGUGGUUAAGAGCGUAGUGCCAGUAACCGAAAGGUCGCUGGUUCUAAUCCCCGAGCCGACUAGGUGAAAAAUCUGUCGACGUGCCCUUGAGCAAGGCACUUAACCCUAAUUGCUCCUGUAAGUCGCUCUGGAUAAGAGCGUCUGCUAAAUGACUAAAAUGUAAAUGUAAAUUAGAGACCACAUCCAUGACAACACUUUGUGUCCCCUAACAAAUUUGCACACUUGUUGAAAACGAAUUAGUACAGCUCUGUUUGUUUAUCUCUAGAUGCCUCCUAUGCCAUAUUUGUUCCCCUCCGUGUUCUGAUCUCUAAAUAUAACAGUAGGGUCGUUUUUGAAUUGUGGUUGCAUUUGGGCAUUACAGGGAAAAUGAACACAACAUUUUCCCCCUUACAUUCCAAGUCAAUUAAUAUGACAACUGAAUGACUUUAAAUCGUUUUUGAUAACAUUGUGCCACCAGUAGGAGUAGUAACACCAAUAACAUAGGUAAUUGAGGAUUUUCGUAAAUGGAAGCCACAGAUCUAAGGUCGAUAACCCUUUAAAAAUCCAGCGAUUAGUCAUUUUGCUAACAAUGUAAUUUCCUUUCAUAUAAAUUGAGUAACACCAAUGACACUUUUUAUAUAGACACAUGAAAUGAUCAAUGGAAUCCUCAAAUUUAAAAGGUUGUGAUUAACUCAUAAUUGUAUUUUGUUAUAGACCCCUCCACUGGUGGGAAUGCUCAAGGUCCUUGUAUAGUGCCUUCAGAAAGUAUUUCACACUCCUUGACUUUUUCCACAUUUUGUUGUUACAGCCUGAAUUUUAACAUGGAUUACAUUUAGAUAUCAUGUCACUGGCCUACAAAUAAUACCCCAUAAUGUCAAAGUGUAAUUAUGUUUUUAGAAAUGUUUACAAAUUAAUUAAAAAUGAGUAUUCAACCACUUUAUGGCAAACCUAAAUAAGUACAGGGACUCACUGUGUGCAAUACAACCCGGUGCACAUGGCACCUACUACCAAGGCACUUACUUCAAAGGCACUUAAAUAUUUUGUCUUGCCCAUUCACCCUUUGAAUGGCACACAUACACAACACAUUUCUCAAUUGUCUCAAGACUUGAAAAUCCUUCUUUAACCUGUCUCCUCCCCUUCAUCUACACUGAUUUUGAAGUGGAUUUAACAAGUGACAUCAAGAAGGGAUCAUAGCUUUCACCUGGAUUCACCUGGUCCAUCUAUGUCAUGGAAAGAGCAGGUGUUCUUAAUGCUUUGUAUACUCAGUGUUUUUUAUUUUAUUUUACAAAUGUUAGAAUGUUUUUACGUGUCACCCUUCACCACCACCUACACACACAAGCAAUUUUUCUUCCACUUUGACAUUUACAUAGUAUUUUGUGAAGGUCGUUGACAAAAAAAAAAAAGAGUCUACUUUUUUACCCCCCUUUUCUCCCCAAUUUCAUGAUUACGAUCUUGUCUCAUCGCUGCAACUCCCCAACGGGCUCGGGAGAGGCGAAGGUCAAGGAAUGCAUCCUCCGAAACAUGACCCGCCAAGCCACGCUUCUUAAUACUUGUUUGCUUAACCCGGAAGCCAGCUGCACCAAUGUGUCGGAGGAAACACUGUUCAACUGACGACCGAAGUCAGCCUGCAGGCAUCUGGCCCGCCACAAGGAGUCGCUAGAGCGCGAUAAGCCAAGUAAAACCCCCCCCCCCGACCAAACCCUCCCCUAACCCAGGCAAUCGAACCCAUUUUAAUCCCACUUCGUAACACAACAAAAUUUGAAAAACGUCAAGGGGUGUGAAUACUUUCCAAAGGAACUAUAUCUUUGUAAUGAGUGAUUUUCAAGGCAGUAAUACCAAUUACAUAUAUUUGUGUAAAAAAAAAAAAAAAAAAAGGUUUCAAAAUUAUAUACAUCGCUAAAUCCCCAAACAUGUCACUACACCUCAACUCAUCACUACUGGGACAAGCCAAUUUGCUUGCCCUUAGUACUUUAUACAAUGCAUAAAAAUAGGAGUUUUGCAGUAUGUUUUAUCAUUGAUAAACAGUUCAUUAUAAAUAUAAACAUGUAUGAUGUGUAACUUUGUCAUUUUGGUGUUUGUCAUGGUUGCAAAGGUGAGGGACACAAUUGCCAAGCAUCAACCAGUACCAAAUGUUCUGUGAGUGUGUAACAGCUUGCAAUACUUAUCAUCCGACUUUCCCAGUGGAAUGGAAAAGUUGUUGGCAGGUGCCAAUUUGACAGAUGGUGAUGGAUUUCGGCAGGAGGUCAUCUUUUUUUAUUUUUUUAUGUCAUCAACCAUUGCCAGAAACAUUGCACAUGGGGAAAAAGGCUAAUGGUGAUAUUCGUUAAUCAAUAUCAUGGAGCUAUGAUGUAGUUAUGUAUCAUAGCUAAAUGGGAACAUUUAUUGAAAAGGUGAAUGUGGUGAACUCUGAUCAUCUACAAAUCUGACAGUGAAACAUUUUGCGUUAUUAAUUUGCUGAGAAAAAGUAACUGAAUUUGUAAGUAAGUUGCACACAAUCAAUCGAUCAGCAUGACAGAGGCCGCAUGCUUUGUGAGUUCUUUCUGUGGAUGUGAGCCUUUACCAUCCUCUCUCUCCUCUAUCUCUCUCUGAGAGCACAGCUGGCCAGACAGGGUGUCACUCAGCAGAACUGGCAACCAGGUACAAAGAUAACAUCCUCCAAGGCAUAUAGGGAUGGGGUCUUGUGCUGGCAUGCCGCUGUAGGAGGAUCUGGCUCUGAAUCCUAAUAUGUUGUCCUGAUUUUUAAAUGGCAAGGUAAAAAAUACUAUUUAUUAAUCUGAUUAUGGGCAUGCAAACCUUUUUGUCAUAUGUCAUCUCAAAGAUUUCAAGUUUUAACCUGAUUGGUAGAAAUAGCAAUUGAAAAUGAGAGAGGCAUGCUCUCUUUCAAGCUCAUGAUUUUCAACAUAUAGUCGCUGGGAUUUGAGAUAUAGCAGCAGAUAACCUUUAGGGAUCCCACCUGGCUGAAUGUAUUCGCUUAUCUCCUAAACUCCAGAUAUUGACACCUCACAAGGCUUCAUAUAAAUGUUUGUUCACAAUUAAAAUCCGGUCUCUGAAUGGAAUAAAAAGAUGUCUGUCUUAGCUCUUUUUGUUUAAAACUAUUUAUGUCUAUUGAAAUUUCAAGUGCCUCUACUCAGCAACUUCCCUAAGGUUCCAGUUUUUCUUUAUGCCUGUCAAAAUGCACAUCACAUGUUCUCCCUUUUGGUAGCUGUCAAUAUUGAAUAAAAAGUUUGAAAGACUUCUAUUUUUGUUUUCUGAACAUGCACUGUUGCUCUCUGUCAAAAUACCCUGAAUAAUAUAUAUAUACCUUAUCAUUCAAGUGGAAUUAAUUCAACUAAAAUAGAAUGGACAACUUCUUACAGUAUCAUUUUGUCUAUGAAAAGAGAGUUGGGUGUCUGUUUGGUUUAAAACUUGUAGAGCUUUUUACCAUGUCAGUUUUGCACAAGGUGCUCCAUCUCUGCUGUGAACCACCCAAGCUGAAGCAAGUAGAUUUCCCUGGUGUGGGUAAUUCAGGACUGUAUUGAUGUGUUGUGUGUUUUCCCUCACUUAUCACGGUCUACUGUUUGCUCCUUAAUAAAUAAUGGGGAUCCUGGGGGGCAAAGCCGGGAUUUUAGCAAUGUUUGUCAACUUGUUCCAAUAUGCCUUUUCUUUCAAAUAUGAGGUAAGACUUGGAGCAUUCUUUCACAUUGCUUACUAAUAUUUUAAUUGAAGUCUUAGCUAAUAUUUAACAUAUUUUUAAACAUACUGAAGUAUAUUUAUUGGUUGCUCUUUUGAGCAUGAUCUUAGGCUGGAUAUUAGCCUACAUAUCCAUUCCCGAAUGUUGGGACUGAUUGUGAUCUCUCUCUCUCUGAGCGAUAACGUCUAUGUGGCUAUUAGCUGGACUUUCACUAGCCAAGGGCCAAACUUCUAAAAUAGUUAAACUAGACCAGGGGUGCCCAACCUUUUUGACUUGAGAUCUAAUAUUUCUACCACCAGUUUUAGAAGAUACCAGUCACAGGGUUCCCAAGUUUAUACAUUUUAUUAACUUUUCCACAACUUUUCAUGCCUACAGAAAUAAAUGUACUUUCAAAACAAGCUAUUUGAUUUUCUAUUUUAGAAAAUCAGGUGGACAUUGUAGAGAAGAUUCCUCAUUAUCAUUAAUUAUUUGAAUAAUCCUCAUCAAGGGAUGUAUCUAACUUCAAAUAUGCUUGUGUAACCUGCUAGUAAUGUGGUCAAAUAUGUUACAUCACUUUUACUUAGUAUUAUGUUCCUCCUUUUCAGCCUAAUGAAGUUGCCAACACACUAUGUGGAUAUAAGGUCCUUGACAAAGAGGUAAGACACGCUGAACAAAAUGGUGUCUCAAUGUCUCUCACAGUCUAAAUAGGAAAUUGAUGUUUGCUGAUGUCAUACAGAGGGACAGUGCAGACCAGUAACAAGUUUCUAAUUCAUAUUUUAUUUAUCACAUAUGUAUAAAAGAUUAUAUCACACACAUCAGUCAUAUGGAUUUGCCUGCCAUUUAAAUGUAUAUCGUGUACAUGUUGUCCCUCCUGCUUAGAGGCUGGCCUUGCAGAACGUCAUCUACAUCAGAGGUUGUACUGAUGCUGUCUUCAUCUGGUUCAUGGAUAACUAUAAGAUAAUGUCUGGCUUGCUGCUUGGCAUCUUAUUCCCCCAGGUAAGAGUUAAUCACCAUGCCAUUUUAGACUGACAUCUGAUGUCCACCAACAAUACACAAGUAAUGAUUCACACAGAAAUGUUGUGGGCACAGCACUUUGGUUAAUGGCUGUAGCAGGAGGCAGGUACUGGUUUCCACAUAAUGGUUUAAAAACUCAUUUUAUGGGGGGUGGGGGCUGGAAAUUAUGCAGUUAUAUUGUGAGAUCUUUCCUGUUUGAUUCAGGAAUUCACAUAAAAAUGUUUUGGUUGUAUAUCUUAGCUAGAGAGGAUGAUGCAUCUUCCCAGUCACAGCUUGCAGUGGAAGCCCCUACAAAUGUUUGCUUAUCGCGUUAUAAAUUCUGCCUCUCAGAACGAAUCAUUAAUUGGCACAUUGGACACUUUCUAUUGGUUUCCAAUUCCAUGUCCAUCUUAUCAAGCACAGAGGGAUGUCACGAUGUCGGUGUAUGCGGUAGACUGAAGUCAGGCGCAGGACACAGAACUCAAGGGAAAAACUUAACUUUACUAAAGCUCGUAAAGAAACAAGAAGCCUCCACGCAGGGAGGAAUAAAUCCGCUCACCAAUGACAUACGAGUACAAGCAACAAACACGCACAGAACACAAUGGGAGCCACAGGGUUAAAUAGGGGCGGAGUAAGAACAAGAUGGGCAACAGGUGUGAAACAAUCUGACACAACAGGUAGAACAUAGAAACAUAGAACAUAGAUCGGCAGCAGCUAGUACUCCGGUGACGAGGAACGCCGAAACCUGCCCGAGCAAGGAGGGGCAGCCUCGGCAGAAUCCGUGACAAGGGAAAACAGGACAAAUGUGCAAUAUUGAAUAUACACCUUCAAAUUCUGUGAGAGUAGUUUCUCAGAUCUUAUGAGCUUUUUGAGUUAUUCUCGCUGUUGGCACAAAUACAUGUUUAAUCGUCACCACAAAAUGUCAACUGGAACUUUAAUCCACUCUAUCAAUCUGCAGUAGAAAAAUCAAAACCCAUUUUUCAGGCAUGUGUAAUGUUUUUGUUAAUUGCAUUACUGCGUGCCGAGCCUGCUGCAUAACUACUCUAUCUUUAGAAUGGUUUAUGUUGCUUAUAUGCAACACAAACCUACAGAUUCACAAGAGCACCAUGAAAAGUCUAGGGCCAUGUUCCCAUGAAUGGGGUCUCUGCAAACGCGGACACAUUGCCCUUUUAAAAGGUGAAUAGCCGACCAAAGAGCGAUCGGCUUGAAUCCUGGACAUAUGUAGAGCGUGCGGAUCUACCGCUGAUUGAAUUGAAUCUUGACCUAAAAAUGUAAAUGUCAAUAGUAAACCCUACUACUGCAUUUCCUCCCAAUAUCAAGCUCAGUAACUGGUUUUAAUGAGUACCUAUAUCCAUUCAGAAUAUGAGUGUGUUUGGCAUGCUUGAUGGGCCUCCCAGUUAUAAAUGCUUCUCCACUGCAAAGAUUAGGCAUUUGGUUUAUGUGAAACGUCACCCCAUUCGCAGUCAUUCCCUAGCGAGACAGCACUUUGAUUUAUGUUGUUUACCUGGUUCUGCUAUAGAUGGGCAAAGACAGAGCAGUAUUUCCCCAGUAGUGAGUCUAGAUUAGAGCAUUACUUACUCUAUCCUUACAGCUGAGAACUAAUCGAGGCCAUUUUGGGGUGAGGGAAGUUGGGGGACAUAAGCAAGAACCCUCUCAAUAACUGACUUGGGCUGAACACAUUGAGGAAAUGUGUUGUGUUGUCCAUGUAGGUUCACUGUUGAAGCCUCGCUGUUGAAGUGUGACCUUGAUGAGUAAAGGAGCCUAAAGGGCUUCAUUGUUUGUAACGUCCAUGCUCCACUACCAUAGCUGGGAUGAAUAAGGUACUAUAAAUUCAGAUAUUUUUUAUUUCUUUUUCCUGCAGUUGGUGGUGUUCCAUAACGGUCCCAAGAGCCUUGCUUCAUUACAUGCUCCAUAUAAUUUCCUGUUAAUUAGCUAUGUUCAAUUAUAAACAAUAUAACCACUUGUAUCUUGUAGAAAACAGGAUAUGAAGCGCUACAGUCAUACACUUGUAGAUCUUUAAAGAGGGAGAUUGUUCUUUUAAGACUGAAAAUUGUCUUUGAAAUUUUGCAGACAGACUAGUCUACUGUGAAGGGCCAAUGAUGUCACAUGUUAAUUAUGUGUCUAAAUGCAAUCUGUUCCUCUGAAAACAAUGAAUACAAAUAACAUACAUUUGUUAUCUAGCAAGAUUUUGAAGACCCCUUUCAAUAAAAAAAUUGUAUUCUAGGCUAUUUUGAAAGUCACAUCACACAAUUACAACCAAGUCAAUAGAUUUUUCUCCCAUUAGUUUGACAGACCCACAGACGAAUCACCUACCCUUCAAUUAUUUUGCCCACCUCUUGACUACAGAUUACAUACCUUGCCAAAUUAGAUUUUAUUUUUUUAAAUUAUAUAUUCUAGAAGGAGUACUUUCCUUUUUAAUUCUCUUCUCUUUGCUUUUAUUAUUUUCUUUAUUUAUUCUAUAUACACUGUACAAAACAUGAGGAACACCUUCCUAAUAUUGAGUUGCACCCCCUUUUGCCCUCAGAACAGCCUCAAUUCGUCGGUGCAUGGACUCUACAAGGUGUCGAAAGUGUUCCACAGGGAUGUUGGCCCAUGUUGACUCCAAUGCUUCCUAAAGUUGUGUCAAGUUGGCUAUAUGUCCUUUGGUCGGUGGACCGUUCUUGAUACACACGGGAAACUGUUGAGCAUGAAAACCGAGCAGCUUUGCAGUUCUUGACACACUCAAACCGGUGCGCCUGGCACCUACUACCAUACCCCAUUCAAAAGCACUUAAAUCUUUUGUCUUUCCCAUUCACCCUCUGAAUGGCACAUAUACACAAUUCAUGUCCCAUUUGUCUCAAAGCUUAAAAAUCCUUCUUUAACCUGUCUCUUCCCCUUCAUCUACACUGAUUUGAAGUGGAUUUAACAGGUGACAUCAAUAAGGGAUCAUGGCUUUCACCUGGAUUCACCUGGUCAGUCUGUCAUGAAAAGAGCAGGUGUUCCUAAUGUUUUGUACACUCAGUGUAUGUGGUGCCCCAUAUUUAGAAUAAUAUGUAGCAUUGGAGGGAGCACAACUUGGAGGGUAUUGACUUAGACAUAUUUCGUGCUUUUGUGUUUCACAGUAUGUGGCUGUAAAGUAAGACAAAAGGAUUGUCUUCUGACUGGCCAUUUUAAAUAAUUUAGACCGUUGUCUACUCCCUCUCCAUUGAUUGGAAGGAGAUGUGGCUGCCUGUGUCUGGGAAUAAAUGUUGAUCUCUAUCACCUGAAGCUACGUAAAGGAAAAAGUGAGUUGUAGAAAGGACAUGGGUCAUGAAGUUUCUCACUGAGAUCCCAUGGGUUAUUGAGUUGAGGGUAUUGAUGCUCACAUUUAGGGAAAAAAGUAUUUGAUCCCCUGCUGAUUUUGUACGUUUGCCCACUGACAAAUAAAUGAUCAGUCUAUCAUUUUAAUGGUAGGUUUAUUUGAACAGUGAGAGACAGAAUAACAACAAAAAAAUCCAGAAAAACGCAUUAAUGAGGGAAAUAAGUAUUUGACCCCCUCUCAAUCAGAAAGAUUUCUGGCUCCCAGGUGUCUUUUAUACAGGUAACGAGCUGAGAUUAGGAGCACACUCUUAAAGGGAGUGCUCCUAAUCCCAGUUUGUUACCUGUAUAAAAGACACCUGUCCACAGAAGCAAUCAAUCAAUCAGAUUCCAAACUCUCCACCAUGGCCAAGACCAAAGAGCUCUCCAAGGAUGUCAGGGACAAGAUUGUAGACCUACACAAGGCUGGAAUGGGCUACAAGACCAUCGCCAAGCAGCUUAGUGAGAAGGUGACAACAGUUGGUGCGAUUAUUCGCAAAUUGAAGAAACACAAAAUAACUGUCAAUCUCCCUCGGCCUGGGGCUCCAUGCAAGAUCUCACCUCGUGGAGUUGCAAUGAUCAUGAGAACGGUGAGGAAUCAGCCCAGAACUACACGGGAGGAUCUUGUCAAUGAUCUCAAGGCAGCUGGGACCAUAGUCACCAAGAAAACAAUUGGUAACACACUACGCCGUGAAGGACUGAAAUCCUGCAGCGCCCGCAAGGUCCCCCUGCUCAAGAAAGCACAUAUACAGGCCCGUCUGAAGUUUGCCAAUGAACAUCUGAAUGAUUCAGAGGAGAACUGGAUGACAGUGUUGUGGUCAGAUGAUACCAAAAUGGAGCUCUUUGGCAUCAACUCAACUUUCCGUGUUUGGAGGAGGAGGAAUGCUGCCUAUGACCCCAAGAACACCAUCCCCACCGUCAAACAUGGAGGUGGAAACAUUAUGCUUUGGGGGUGUUUUUCUGCUAAGGGGACAGGACAACUUCACCGCAUCAAAGGGACGAUGGACGGGGCCAUGUACCGUCAAAUAUUGGGUGAGAACCUCCUUCACUCAGCCAGGGCAUUGAAAAUGGGUCGUGGAUGGGUAUUCCAGCAUGACAAUGACCCAAAACACACGGCCAAGGCAACAAAGGAGUGGCUCAAGAAGAAGCACAUUAAGGUCCUGGAGUGGCCUAGCCAGUCUCCAGACCUUAAUCCCAUCGAAAAUCUGUGGAGGGAGCUGAAGGUUUGAGUUGCCAAACGUCAGCCUCGAAACCUUAAUGACUUGGAGAAGAUCUGCAAAGAAGAGUGGGACAAAAUCCCUCCUGAGAUGUGUGCAAACCUGGUGGCCAACUACAAGGAACGUCUGACCUCUGUGAUUGCCAACAAGGGUUUUGCCACCAAGUACUAAGUCAUGUUUUGCCGAGGGGUCAAAUACUUAUUUCCCUCAUUAAAAUGCAAAUCAAUUUAUAACAUUUUUGACAUGCGUUUUUCUGGAUUUUGUUGUUGUUAUUCUCUCUCACUCUUCAAAUAAACCUACCAUUUAAAAUUAUAGACUGAUCAUGUCUUUGUCAGUGGGCAAACGUACAAAAUCAGCAGGGGAUCAAAUACUUUUUUCCCUCACUGUAUUUGUUGAUAGGAUUAAUCAUUGAAUGUGUCCAUGUAAUCUAGUUAUUUGAGGAAUCCUCCCACAUAACUUGUAUACUUCCUGACUUUUAAUUUGAAACAGGCCAUCGAGAAAAGGUAGAAGUGGUCUUUGAGUCUUAGAUUUGAUUAGUCAUCAGUUCAGUGCCUUUGGAGUAGACUGUUAUGUCUGAGUUUCAGACCCCUCAGUCAAUGAGUUAUGGAACUAAAAUGAUAUAGCUUCAUAGUUGACUUGACUUGCUGGCUACAGCACUUGAAUACUUUUAACAUGCCAUAUACCCACAAGGAUAUUUUUUAAAGAAAGUAAUUGUUUCAUACAUUCUUAACCAGAGCUUUUUACCUCAAGAUGAUGCAGAUGUACUGUAUGGAUUAUUUCAUGCUUUUUGCACGUUGCUGCUUGAUAAAAGUAAAAUCAAAUACUCUACAGUGUGAUUUGCUACAGAUUUUCUUUGGGCUGUUGGCAGUAAGAGCACAUAGCUUGAGCUCUAGAAUCCGCAAAAGCUAUGGCUGCCUGUUCAUAAAUCAUUGCAGCUCUUGUCUGUUUCAGGUUUGUGCUGUUGGUUGAAAAGGCAUGCUUCAGCCAAUUUUUUAAAAGGUUUUGGAAAUGUGUUUUGUAUCAAGGACAAAAAGUAAUGAUGUGACAUUACUUAUUGAACCCCCCCCCCCCCCCAUAAAAAACAAGGCAGUGGUCAGUAAUGGACUGCAGAUACAAAGUGCCCCAAUAUAUGCUUACAAUACAUUGAACUAGUGCUUGCUAAAGCAAGGCCAUCUUCCCCAAGCCCAUAGUUCAAGACCAUAUGUCCCAUCCGUAACUCUGAAUCUCCUUAUGUUUGCAGUUCUUUGGCGUGAUUAUUAGCUGGCUCUACAUCACGCGGGUGGAGGAUGCCAUUGCUGAGUAUGGUCACUACCAGGAUGGACUGCUGGACACAGUGGACAGUGGUGGCUUCAGGGCAACCAAGAAGCAGGGCAGAAUGGCCAAAUGUUUCAUUUGCAUGCCAGAGAUCGACUGAGUGUGCCUCCUUUUUAUUUAACCAGCCUAAAACACUGCUGUACCUGUGUGAGCUCAGAGAGAGAAUUCAGCCAUGCACUGCCUGCCUCAUCCUUCCAACACACUGGAGCUAUCAGCUCCAAUUUUACAACGCUGUUCAGAUGCCUUUUAAUCGGUUUAAUUCAGGGAUCUUUUUUUUCAGGGGUUAAGGUAUGAAGGUUUUAGUAGGAUGGAAAGGUAUACAGUAUGUGCCUGUGCUGUGUGAAACAUGUAUUGCCUUUUAUGAAUAGCUUUUUUCCCUAAUUGGUGAAAUUAUGUUUUUAUUGAUUCACAGCAAAAACAUUGAAUGCUUUUUAAUUUUAAUUUAUGGAGAUUGUAGCUCUAGCCAGCCCCUCGUAGGAACUUGAUAGCAAUAUUUUAAUCAUCAUUGUACCAGUCCUGUAAAGUGUAUAUUUUUAGCUUUUCAAAGGGAUAUAUUUCCUAUGGGGAAUUUUAUAGAGGGUAUCUUGCCUAAAUCCAAUUGUUGAUUUUCAGAAUCAUUGUAGAUGUCAUGGGUUCAACAUAUUAAUUAACUUACAGUAAGUUUAUAGUCAGUCACUCAAUGUGGCUUAAUUUGAGGAGUUAGGAAUACCAAAGUUGUUAAUGAUGUAUAACAUGCACAUGGUCUGUUGCCCACAUUUUUAUUAGGAUUUUGUACUGUUAAAUGGUUUGAAAUCUACACGUAUUACUUUGCUCAGACAGUGACAUUUACCUCCAAUAUGUGAGUGUUGAGGGAUCUGUUAGUGACCCUCUCUCAAGUUGUGUUCAAGAUGGACGAGUUCUUACGCUCUCAUGAUCACUCAUACUCUUCCCAGAACAGAAUCAUGUGCUUGGUCUUCCUGCCAAUGAUUGUGUAUUCCUGUUAAAAGCAUGAGAUCGUACGGGAUUGCACGCCUGGUUUUAACGGCUAACAUACUUAUUCAGACCAAAGUUCCAUCAGCAGCCUGUGUCCAUGGCAACGGACUAAAUGAGAUGGUUCUCCUGAGACAGAACGAUGAAUGACUUCCUAUUUGAAUCCAUCCACACACUUGGGCUCCCGAGUGGCACAGCGGUCUAAGGCACUGCAUCUC